AUGCAGUCGCAACCUCAGCAGCCGCUAGCUCCCGCUCCCCAUCCCGGCCAGCAGCACCAGCAGCAGCCGCAACAGCAGCAACAAUCACAACAACCACCACAGCAACAGCAACAACAACAACAACAACAACCACAUCAACAACAUCAGCCCCAGCAGCCAUCUCAACAGCAAUUGCAUCAGCACCAUCAGCAACAACCACAGCAGCCGCCGCCGCCGCAACAGGAUCCAUCCAAGAACAACCCCAAUCCAAACACCGCCCACUCCGUCCAGGAAUCUCGUGCCCUCUGUGUGGCUAUACCGAUGGCUAACCACCGCCCUAUCGCCCCUUGGCGUGGCUUCGGAACCGUGCAGGACCAUGCAGACCAAGUUCUCCAGGACCAACUCCUCGCUGCUUCUCUCCAGGCAGGCCAUGCUGCCGCUCCGCCGCCUCCGCGUCCCCAGCCCGGGAUGACUCACGUCCAGCCGAUAAGAGAUCACUCGAACAUUGACCCCGCGAUCUCUGGCGCUCCGCCGACCACCGGAAUGAUCCCCGCUCCCCCGCCGCCGCCGCCUCAACCACAGCAACCUCAGGUCCAGCCACAGGAUCAAGUCAUGCAGGAGGCGCAGCCCACCGAACCUCGCAAGACGUACGGCAAGCGUGAGCUGUCGACCUCGAAGCGUGCCGCUCAGAAUCGCGCCGCUCAGCGCGCCUUCCGUCAACGCAAAGAAGGGUAUAUCCGCAAGCUGGAGGAGCAGGUCAACGAGUACAAGAUCAUGUCCGAGAAUUACAAAGCUCUUCAGGCCGAGAACUACCAGCUCCGUGAAUAUAUCAUCGGUCUCCAGUCCCGCUUGAUCGAUUCCCAGAACGACGUCCCCGAGUUGCCACCCAACAUCGACCUCACUCAGCCCCGCCCCGAUGCCACCGCCGCCGUCGAGGCCGCUGCGAAUGCGGUCGCCGGCGCUUCCGGACAACCCGAGCAGAUGAAUGCCUUGAAUCGCAUCGCUGUUGCGGGCCUGGGAAUGCGCAAACAUCAGCACGAGGAGGCCGCCUUCCUGGGCAAUAACAGCUUCCCCGCCAAGCGUGUCCGUGCCGAUAUGGUGGUGGACGAGCAGGGUGCUGUUCCCACCGACCCUACACAGCCUGCUAAAAUUGAGGGCGCCCAACCACCGACCAUUGGUUCCUGAGGAUAUCAAAAUCAGAUAUGCACCCGAACAAGCUCACUCCAAAACAACAAAAUCAUCAUUCAGUUAAAUCGGUGGCCAAAGUUGUGGGUUUUCCCAAAUCGCUUUUCUAUCGUUUACGUCUUUUACUGCGUGUAUUUGCUCGGCGCAUCGUGGGCUAGGUCGGUGGGCGUCUCUUUGCUCUUUCAACUUCUUUUACUUCGUCCUUUUUUUUUCCUUUUGUUUUCAAAUCUUAGUUAAGAUGAGGGUACGAGACCAACAUAUCACGGUUCAUUACAUGGAGGCAUACCGUCGAUGGCGGUUCGAACGAGCGAUAUGGCUAAUUUGUGGAAUCGGGGAUGUUCAUCUGUUCUCUGGCAAUGGCGUUUGACAUUUCUCUUUUUUACCCAUCGUGUUUCCCAUACGCUUCCUGUACCAUGUAGCAAUCUGCAUCGUUAUUUUUAUCGAGGAAAUACGUACGAUACGUUAAUUUUGCCUC